UUGAUCGAUUGAAUUGGAAUCACAAUGUUAAUCGUAACAUUGAUUCAGAAAGUUGAUUUCAUUAGUGGGACUUCAUAUUUCACAUUUUUAAAAACAAAAUAGAUACAAUAUGAGAAAAUUAAUAUCGUACUAUACUAGUUAUGAAGUACUAAGAGCCCGUUUGGUAGCACCAAAAUCGGCUGUUUUGGCUGAUUCUGCUGAAAUUUAUGAUAUUCUGGCUGGAGUGGUUGUUUUGGCUGAUUCUGCUGAUUUAAGAAAAAAAUAUUUUAAAAAUAUAUUUUAUCAAUAAAUUAAAGAAAAAAUUAUAUGUAAAAAUAGCUAAAAUGGCCAUCUACAGUAACUUCAGCCAAUACAGCCAGAAAAGUAACUUCAACCUUACUUUUUCGGCUUAUUACACAAUUCAGCGCGCGAAAGUAAAAGUUACGUGUUUGGUGAAAAAGCUGGUUGAUAAGCCUGAUAAGCCGAAAACAGAGUUCUCCAAACGGGCUCUAAGUAUAACAAUCUGAAUAUUGUAAAAAAAGAAGUAUAACAAUCUGAAAAGAGUGAAAGUACUACGAGGGGAAGAACAUCACACUCUCUGGGUCAAUAAAAUAUGACUCCCACAACAAGAACAUAUUCACUCAUUGGGUUCUGCAAUCUUCCGCCGGAUUCUCGUCACGACCUGGCACGCCUCUCAGAUUAUAGGCAGGAUAGUACCCAUUUCCACGCAGUGGCAUCACACCGGAAGGGCUAUAGUAUCCGUAUGAUUGCGGCUGCUGAUAAGAUCGGUGCAGCGAAGGAUAAGAUUGCUGCUGCGGCGGCGGAUAUGAUUGCUGCGAUGGCGGAUAAGAUUGCUGCGGCGGCAGAUAGGAUUGCUGCGGCGGCGGAUAAAAGUGCUGCGACGGCGGCGGAUAAUAAGAAUGAAGAGGAGCACCAAAAUUCGACCCCCGGAUACCCCCUAUCCGGCCGGAUUGGUUCCAAAACACGGAUCCAAACAUAUCUCUCACAGAUCUUCUGUGAAUUGCACAGAACUCGUCCUGGCAAAUAUCCUCAUCCACCGGCAGCGGCGGCGCGCAUACGUGCUUCUUCUCUUUCGACCUGCGGCUACGCCUAACACAAUCGUUUUCUGGUUCGUGUUCAUCCGAAGGAGCAGAAGAUUUCUGCUUCUCCUUCGCCUUGGAUUUACAGGAUUUGUUGUUAUCCGCUUUGAUUUUUCCGUUACAAUGAUCAGGUGAAGAAGCGGGGGAUUUGGUGGGGCCUUUGGAGUAGGAAACGAGUUGGGCCGCUUUACCCAUUUUCCGGAUGUGGUUGACUAUCACAG